GGUCAAUAUUGGGAACGCGAAAUUAGCCCAUUUGGAGCGUGAUCUCAAUUUAUCUGGAAAUGAAUAUAACUGGUCUUUAGGCGUAUUCUUUUUAGGUUACGUAUUAUUUGAAGUGCCAUCUAAUAUCUUGCUAAUCAAGAUCAAACCUUCAAUUUGGAUUUCAACUCUCAUGAUCUCAUGGGGUAUUGUAAUGACAAUAAUGUCAUUUGUAAGGAAUUUUUCUCAAUUGAUGGUUGCAAGAUUUUUAUUGGGCGUUUUUGAAUCUGGUCUUGCCCCUGGAGUCGCAUAUUACAUUACAAAAUGGUACAAGAAAUCUGAACAAAGUUAUCGUUUUAGUUUGUUUUUUUCUGGUGCUACAAUUGCUGGUGCAUUUAAUGGUCUUUUAGCAUUUGCUAUUGCGAGUUUGGAUGGUAGAUUUGGUUUGAGUGGUUGGCGAUUG